AUGGACAGCUUGACUGAGGCGAUGAGAAGCACUCGCUUGAGUGAUGACCCUCAAGAGCUCGAGCAGCUUCUUUUCACUCCUUUGGCAAAUAGUGGUUUAGGGGCAAAUGCCUUCAACAAUAUUCCUCAUUAUCUCUUUCGUGUCGUCUCCCCUUGCUCCGAUGGCGAAACAAAUGAAAAAUGGGUGCGUUCAGAGGCGGCCAAGCAAAAUAUCAGCUCCUCCGUGGAAGACAUUUUCUUCAGCCUAAAUCGUGAGAAGUGCAUAACGAUAGCCCGUACACUCAACUUACAUCUUCGAUGGUGGCCAAAGGAUGAUUUGGAAGACAAUUUUGUGUCGUGGACAAGCUCGUUACUCUUCGCGAUUCAGUACAUCUACUACCGACAUCAGAGUAAAAGAGACGGAUCGAGUUUGAAAGAUAUCAGAUUGUACGCCAUAGAUACAACGAAGUUCCCUUGUGGAACUUUUAUUCGAGACCUGGAUCUAAUUGAAGCUUUCUGGCAAUUCGAUAAUCACCCCUCUGGAAAGGACCUGGGGGCGUUACGGUCAUUGCGAAACGACUCCAAGCAUUACUUCGGGGAAUAUCUCUCUCAAGGAUCUUUGAAGAUUGCCAAUAAACAUCAAAUGAUACCCGCCACAUCGCUGUUUGCGGAUAAUCUCUUGCAACGCUUGCAGCCUCAAUUUGCUGGGAUUAUAGGCACUAAAUCUGGGAAACAAAAUCCAGACUGGGUGAAAGAAGUUCUUCGUCUCCGCAGAAGCAUCUGGACUGGCAAUAAGCUAGACCGAUUGUCGUCAGCGGAAAUGCUAGGUCGUUUAGAGGCUCUUAAAGAACUUGCAGACCUCUUUCAGCCGGGCUGGAGAUUUCCGCUUGCUAUUUACUUCGCAUCGCUAAUCAGCUCUGAAUCAGUAACAGAAGACCACGAAACGGGAAAUGACAAUAUUUUCUUCGCGUGGUUUCGCUUAAAUUUGCUCUACGAAGAUCGAAUUUCUAAGCCUUCGAAUUGUAAGGUUAUCGCGCCAGACACAAUGCCUGAACUGCAGCGAGUCAAAGAAAUCGUUCGUGAAAUUCAGAAAGACUCCCAGCUGAGACAAGCCUUAGAUCUUGUCGAAAGGGCCGAGGCAAGAAUUCGCCAUUUGCACAUACAAAAUGUUUUCUCAACGCACGGAAGCGCAUUCCUUGUAGUCGAUAGAAACGAGGUGUUGGCGCGAGCUGGCCAAACCGUCCUGUCUAGGCUUGAGACGAUUCAUAUGCUUAGUGAAGAAAUUAUCCAGGCGAUUUCUUCAGAGCAGGUAUAA